AUGGAGACGACCGCGGACGAAGAGCGGGAAGUGGCGACCGCGUCCGCCGCGCUUUUUGACGGCACUGAGAGCGAGGUGCACUUCGGUGAUGAGGGCAUGGACGGCUCGGAUCUGCCGCCGUCGUUUGUGUUGCCGCUGCUGGGACGGGGUGAUGAAGAGGACGCGGAGCCUCGCUCCACUCUGAAAGCGAUCGAGGCGGACAAACAGCUGGUAGAAGGCGUAUCUUUUUGUCCAAUGGAAGCAGCAAAUGACACGUCAGUUGAGGCGGGCGCAAUGAACUGUCUCGAGGACACUGUACCAGACCAUAGCCAAGCUACAUAUCGUGGCGGACACAAGAAAGAGGUCCCGCUGACCGAGACCACGACCGAUCGACGUGGCUAUCGGUGCCGCUUUGAAAACUGUCCCAAGUUUGCGCAAGCAGGAGGUCUCUGCAUUGCCCACGGGGGCGGCUACCGCUGUCAGACGCCGUUCUGUGCGUUCUUUAACCUGCGCACGUGUCCUGACCACGGCGGCUCCAAACGCUGCGGUGUUGCAGGCUGCACGCGCGUCGCUCUUGGUACGUCCGCGCUCUGUUGUGCACAUGGCGGUGGCCGGAAGUGUUCCAUCAAGAAGUGUGGCAAGUAUGACGCGGGCCAGGGCUUGUGCUUGGCUCAUGGAGGCGGACGCGACUGCAGGAUGAGUGGCUGUACGAAAAAAGCCAUCCGAUACGGACUUUGCAGUGGCCAUGGAGGGCGUGCACGAUGUAAGGUGGAAGGCUGUGAAAAAUACGAUCGGGGGCAAGGCAAGUGCAAAGCUCAUGGUGGUGGCUACUUUUGCAAGGUGCAGGGAUGUGGCAAGAAGGACAAAGGUGGCGGUCUUUGUGUUGCUCAUGGCGGCGGAAAGAAAUGCUACGUGGAAGGGUGUACAACUCCAUGUGUUGGUGGAGGUCGCUGCAAAGCGCAUGGUGGCGGUAGACGGUGUCAAGCUGAAGACUGUCGCAACUGGGCUCUCAACGGCGGACGAUGCAAAGAGCACGGCGGCACGGGCAAGCGCUGCUCACACCGUGGAUGUGGUAAGCACGACCAAGGUGGUGGCUUUUGUCUUUCACACGGCGGCGGCUUCAAAUGUACGUUUCCCGACUGCGCAAAGAAACAGAUCCGCUUUGGGCGAUGCUGUGCCCACGGUGGAAAACCGCGGUGCACCGUAGCUGGGUGUGAGCGUCUAGGACAGGCUCGUGGCCUUUGCAAGGCUCACGGUGGAACGAAACCGUGCAGCUUCCCGGAAUGCACGCGUAAGGCAAAUAGUGGUGGCCAUUGCAUCCGUCAUGGAGGUGGUGGGCGGUGCAAAACCGAGGGUUGCGUCAAAACCAACCGUGGGGGAGGCUACUGCAAGGCUCACGGCGGGGGCAAGAAGUGUACUGUUCCAGGCUGCAAUGACUGGGCCAUCGGGGGCGGUGUGUGUCCACAGCACGAAAUGUUUGGUGUUGCCGCCAUUGUCUCAGUGUGA